UACAGGACCAGUUCAGGAAACCGUGUCCCAGGACUACUAUGAGGAAGGGGACUCAGUCCAAGGUGCACACGUGGAGUGGGGUCAGGACCUAGGGCUUAGGAUCCUCGGCUUCUGGGGCCGUUCGUCCAUGGACUCAGAUCACCCAAACGACCCUCGCUUCACAGACAUCUGAGUGUAUCGGUGUGCGAGCGGCGCUCCAGGGUGGUCUCUGAGCCAUGGAGAUACCCCGGCAGACAGAGAUGGUGGAGCUGGUGCCCAACGGCAAACACUUGGAGGGGCUUCUACCCGUGAGCAUGUCCACAGCAGACACCCAAAGGGCUGAAGACGCUCACCUUUGUGCAGAGGGCAAGGGCUUCCUUCAGAAAAGCCCCAGCAAGGAGCCACACUUCACUGAUUUUGAGGGGAAGACGUCAUUUGGGAUGUCAGUGUUCAACCUCAGCAACGCCAUCAUGGGCAGUGGCAUCCUGGGGCUCGCCUACGCCAUGGCCAAUACUGGCAUCAUCCUUUUCCUGUUCCUGUUGACAGCUGUUGCCCUGCUGUCUAGCUACUCCAUCCACCUGCUCCUCAAAUCUUCAGGGAUCGUGGGCAUCCGCGCCUAUGAGCAGUUGGGCUACCGUGCCUUUGGGACCCCAGGGAAGCUGGUAGCAGCCCUGGCCAUCACGCUGCAGAACAUUGGAGCCAUGUCCAGCUACCUGUACAUCAUCAAGUCUGAGUUGCCUCUGGUCAUCCAGACCUUCCUGAAUCUGGAGAAGCCGGCCCCGGUGUGGUACAUGGAUGGCAACUACCUGGUGAUCCUUGUAUCCAUCGCCAUCAUUCUGCCCCUGGCACUAAUGCGGCAGCUGGGCUACCUGGGCUACUCCAGCGGCUUCUCCCUCAGCUGCAUGGUGUUCUUCCUGAUCGCAGUCAUCUACAAGAAGUUCCAAGUUCCCUGCCCAUUGGCACACCACUUGGCCAAUGCCACAGGCAACUUCAGCCAUACGGUGGUGGCGGAGGAGAAGGCACAGCUCCAGGACGAGCAGGAGGCUGCUGCAGCCUUCUGUACCCCAAGCUAUUUCACACUCAACUCACAGACAGCAUACACCAUCCCCAUCAUGGCCUUUGCCUUCGUCUGCCACCCUGAGGUGCUGCCCAUCUACACAGAGCUCAAGAACCCGUCCAAGAAGAAGAUGCAGCACAUCUCCAACCUGUCCAUUGCUGUCAUGUAUGUCAUGUACUUCCUGGCUGCCCUCUUCGGCUACCUCACGUUCUAUGACGGGGUGGAGUCGGAGCUGCUGCACACUUACAGCAAGGUGGACCCGUUUGACGUGCUGAUCCUGUGUGUGCGCGUGGCGGUGCUGAUAGCGGUCACACUCACGGUGCCCAUUGUCCUGUUCCCGGUGCGACGCGCCAUCCAGCAGAUGCUGUUUCAGAACCAGGAGUUCAACUGGCUGCGGCAUGUGCUCAUCGCCAUCGGUCUGCUUACUUGCAUCAACCUGCUGGUUAUCUUUGCCCCCAACAUCCUGGGCAUCUUCGGGAUCAUUGGUGCCACAUCUGCCCCGUGCCUCAUCUUCAUCUUCCCCGCCAUCUUCUACUUCCGAAUCAUGCCCAUUGAGAAGGAGCCGGCAAGAUCCACCCCUAAAAUCCUGGCCCUUUGUUUUGCCGCGGUUGGCUUCUUGCUGAUGACCAUGAGCUUGAGUUUCAUCAUCAGUGACUGGGUCUCUGGGACCAGCCAUCAUGGAGGAAACCAUUAGGACAACCGGCCCCCAUCUUGUUCUGUUUGUUCAUCCUAGAACCUGUACCCUCACUCUCCAGUCCCUGCUCCCAGCCAGGGGCUAAAUAAGGAGAGAAAGACUCUGUAAAUACUAUGGCAUUUGGCUCCACCCAUAUCCUCUCCGUUGGAAGGUUUUUGUUGAAGAGCCAGGACCAAGGUCUUCAGACCACCCCCCGCUGGGCUCUGGAGCUGCAGGGGCUUCCUGAGCUAGGAACAGGGUGGGGCCGUUGCCUCAGAUCCCACCGAAACCCUCCAUCCUCCUCUUGCAGCUGUGUACACUGAGGCCUUGAAGCCACCUCCUGAGGUCACACAGGCUGUAGGGGCACACAGAGCCAAAACCCAGACCUGAAGACGGCAUCCCCCAGCCCUGCUGGGUGACCAUAGUCUGCACCCACAGGGUUCCCACAGCCUGCUGACCCUCUAGCCCUUUUUCCAACACUUGGGCCCAAAAUCUUGGAUAUUUUUGUCCUCUUCUUCCAUUUCCUUCAUAGAAGGAGACCCUAUCCCGCCUCACAUCUGUGUUUAGCAGGGUCUGCUGAGGAUGGAGCUGGUCCCUGCUGUGGACCUUCACCAGUCCUGGGGAGGCUGGGACUCCCGCACCUCAAGCCUGGGCCACAACUUACAUUCCACUACUGGGAGAAGAGAGGCUGGGCCCAGAGUAUCCUGCCCUUGGGAGUCAAAGACCCAGCAGUCAGACUGCCGCAGGGGUGGGGAUGUGCAGGCCUUUUAUAAAUAUUCUAUACAAGA